AUGACGAUCACGAGAGCAAUAUUACCGAUUUUCUUGGUGGCAGGAAUUGUCACGUUAGGAUCAACCAAUCAGGAUCUUCUGACGAAUUCUUUGAAUCAUUGCAUACCAGCGGAAUCUUGGUCGAGUUGUUUAAAACACGAGAUCCUUGAAUACCUCGACGAAAAGUUGGGAACUAUAACCGAGGCAAGGUCUCUCGAUACCAUAGACGAAGCCAUUGUAGCUAGGACUUUCAAAUAUUUCAAGAGUUUCGACUAUGGGAUGGAUUUACCCUUCGUGGAUGCCAGUUUGAAAUAUAGACCUAGCAGAAGUUUGGCGGAUCUUGAUAUAGAAUUUAAAGGGAACGACGUUGUUAACAAUCAAGCACGUGGAUUACUCAAGAAAAAAUUGUUAUUGCCAUUUUUGUUGUUAUUAAAAUUGAAACUAAAAGCACUUAUGCCAAUAUUCGUUGCUAUUAUUGGAUUGAAAGCAUUGAAGGCUUUAGUUCUAUCAAAACUCGCAAUAUUGUUGGUCAUUGGAUUCCUCGCUGUACAAUUUUUAAAGAAGGGUGGCAUGAUGAUGCCCAUGGGUAUGUCAAUGGAACCAGCUACUCCCGCAUACGGUGCUCCACCUAUGCCCUCGACCACGUCGAGUUACGAUCCGGCGAACACAUGGGAAGGAACUGGCCCUUAUUCCCGCGUUUGGACGCCGACCAAUGGUGUGGAGUCACAAAAUCUAGCAUACAGUUAUUACUCACCUAGCAGUGGUUCCAAUUCUUAUAGUUCUCUUGGUUCUUCCGGUUCAUCGUCUUCUGUUUCUUCUUCUUUGUCAUCUUCUUCAUCAUCGAAUGCUGCAAGCUCGUCGAAUUAUUAA